AUGAAUAUAAUCAAUGACACAAUGUCUUUUGCAUCCCCUAAAACUUUCCGGAAGAUGAAACAAUCUUGGCCUUCUUUGGAGCAGGUGAAGAGGGAUGUUUCCAAUCCAUGGGUUGUUUCUUUGUCUCCGGAUCAAACUGUUGAUGUCACAAUUCAUCCUGACUUCGGAAAUGGUCAAAGAAAACAACUUGAUAUAUCUCAUACUAGUAGACAUACCCAGCGUUGUUCGGGAUUUAAAUGGCAUAAUUUUUCUUCUGGUGAGGCGGUACAUUCCGAAAUGCCAACAAGUCAAUAUGUGAAAUCCUCCAAAUGUUCACUAUUCACUGGUGUCUGGCAAAAACCAGACAUGUCUCAGUGUUACAAUACAGAAGGGAUCACUCAACAACUAAAGAACAUCACAAGUGCAGGCAUUGAUAAAGAAAAUAUUGAGGAGGUUUCAACAAUACUCCGCGAUAUUUCCAAGAAAUCAGAGUAUUUGAAAGCAGAAGAUAUUGACUUGGCUGUAGACAUUCAUGAGAAAAUGGUGCCAUUGAUAUCGAAUGUGUCCGCCAAUAUAACAGUGAACAAUAUACUUGUUAGUAUCAACGAUAUGAUAAACACACCGGAAGAGGUUUUGGUUGAAGAUGGAAAAUCAGAGAGAACUGGGAAAAGAAUGCUGGACAUUAUACAAGCAAUCGCAGAAAAGAUUCCACUGGAAGAGCAGCAGCUCACAGCUGUAUAUUCUAAUCUUGGUAUAGGUGCUAUGAAAGUGGAGAAGGACACUUUCAAUGGUGCUGCCUAUGGUAUUUCGUUUGGAAAUAAAGAAGAUGAAGCAAAAACAAUGAUAUAUAACAACCCACAGUCAGACUCACAAGUAAAGGAUUGGUUUGAUUUCAUUACAUUACCAAAGAGUUUAUUAAAAUUUCUGAGAACCGAAGAACGGUCUAAUGUUUCAAGGAUUUCGUUUUUAUCCAUGAAGGAUGAUAAGCUAUAUAGGGUAUGGAACCAAAGCGGAAAUUUGCUUUUCUCCAGCAGACUAAAUGCUUGUAUUCAUUGUUGCCUUUUUCGUAUUCAUACUAAUAAAACACAGCUACAAAUGGCUGAGUAUAUGUACAUAUGUAUAUGCAUGUAUGUGCGUGUGUGUAUACAGUUUAGGAUGUAUCUACAAACUAAAAACAACCGUUGUUUUGAGUUUAGUCUCGUCAAAACGUCUCUUAAGAGACUCGUUCAGAAACGACAAAAUAGAAUC